UAUUGGUGUACUCACUACUCAGUCUUAAAAAUGUCAGAACCGAAAUUUGACAGUGAUGGUUUUCAAAUUGUUAAAAUUAAAAAAGGUCUAAAAAAUAAAUCAACAAAAGUACCUUGUAAGAAUAUAUAUUUCGAAAAACAAGAAAAUAAAAUAGACAUCGAUAAAUCAUAUAGGCGUAUUCAAAUCUGCGUAAAAGAUCUAGAGGUCUCGGAAUAUUGGAAAAACGCGACUAAAGCUGUGAGUAAUACUUUAAAACAUAAAAAAAUUGUAGAAAUAGUAUGUUUUGGGCUCGGUCAUAUAGGCGAAUGUAAUAUUUCGCGAUAUCAAUUAGCAUUAUUGCUGUGCUUAAAGAACACUUUUAAACCUGAAAAAAUAUUCGUACACGAUCCGAUAUUUUACCUUGAUGAAUGUGAAAUUCUCAAAAAAUUUGAAUUAAAUGUUAUUGAAGAGAACACGGAAGGAAGUUACAUAAUAAACAGGCAUGGGGUCACCUUAGUUUAUCUACCACAUUGCCCAAAACAACUCACAAAUAACUUUCUUUGGAGCAAUUGGACAGAGAAUUUAGAAAAUUGCAUUCUUCUAUGUAACAGUUUUACAUCUCUAAUAGAAAAUAAUAUAAAUCGAGUUGUUAACGAAACUGUUCCAUUUAUUUAUAAAAUAUAUCCAUUUGUUCAUGAAGUACUGUUAGAAAAUACUUUCACAUAUAACGACAUAUUUAAUGAUUCAUCAUUACACCACUUUCCUAGUGAUAAACUUAAACUAUUACCCAAAGGUUUUUGGGACAAACAAGAAAAACCAAAAUACGAGAAUACUGAAGAAUUUAUAACUUCAUUAAUGAUAGAAAAGUUGACAAUCUGA